AUGUCUGAACAAUCUCCAAUCAAGUUUUUCUCACAAGGAGCAAUCCUGAAUGAAUUCAAUGUGGCAGGUCACAACAUUGUUUUGUCUUUUCCCUCACCCGAAGCCUACAUCGACGCUCAGUACUUUGGCGAGACAAUUGGACGCGUGGCAAAUCGCAUCCCAAAUGGCCAAAUACACAAUCUCAAUGGCCGUGAGUACCAGCUUUGCGUCAACAAGGGCACAAACCACCUGCAUGGCGGCAAAGAAGGUUGGGGCAAAAAGACAUUUCGAGGCCCAACGCCCGUAUCUCACAACGGAAAGAAUGCAGUCAGAUACACCUACCUGAGCCCGGACGGCGAGGAGGGCUACCCUGGGGCGGUGGAACUUCAGGUCUUCUACACUGUCUACGAAAAGAACGAACAAGGCGUUGCAAAGACUACAUUGGAGGUCGAGUACCAUGUAGAAUUAAUGAGUCAGGAAUGCGAUGAGACCGCCGUCAAUGUCACCAACCACAGUUAUUUCAAUCUCAGUGGUUCUGAUACAAUCGAGGGGACUCAAGCCGUUCUUUCCACUGUUGACUACCUUCCAGUGGAUCAUAACGGGAUACCUUUGGGAUCUGUGGAAAGUUACCCCGGGCUCGAGGCAGGUCGGCCGUUCGUCCUUCAUGCAAACGAAGGCAAAAUCGAUCACUGUUUUGUCUUGGAACGAGACAUCUCGAACAUCCCAUUAGACACCCGAGCCCGCCAGGCCCAGCUUCUGGCUAGCUUCUCGCACCCAGACACAAAGAUCCACCUCGAGGUCUACAGCACCGAACCUGCCUUUCAAUUUUACACCGGGCAGCACAUCAAAGUCGCCGCGUCGGAGUACGGACCUGAAAUGAAAUCAGGGGCAGGAUUUUGUGUCGAGCCAGGUCGCUAUACCAAUGCCAUCAAUGUGCCGGAGUGGCGGAGCAUGAUGGCUUUGAGACAAGGACAGGUCUGGGGAGCAAAGAACAUCUACAAGGCUUGGAAAGCCUAA